AUGACGGCCGCAACAUCGAGCUCAGCAACAAGCAGAUUAACUCGCCCAGUGCCCUUCACACCCAGACGGCCCGUCUCGGCCCAUCUGGAAGCCUCCACAGACGACCUGCAAAGCACCGGGCGCAUACCACGGGCUAUCACACCAAGUCUCCUCGGUUCGGCGAAGAAGUUCAAGGCUGCUCUAUCAUCUGAGUCGAAAUCACGACUGGUUACGAAACCUAAGCCCGUAUUGCCGUCAGUACCUGGAACACCUACCAAGAAAGGCUCUCCCGAUGGCUCCAGGCCGAAGACACCAACCACACCACGCAGGGGGACGGAAAGUCCGCUAUUGAUGCCGCAGGUGAGCGAAAUGGAUGUCAGCAGGGUGGACCCCGAAGAGGCUCUGGUAGACUUCCAGUCCAUUGAGCCUGGGGACAUCUCUGGUGAGAUCGACGAAGCCGCAUUAGCAGACUAUGGCAACGAAGAUAAGGUGCUAGUUUCUAUCCGAAUCCGGCCGACACAAGCUACUUCUGCCUGGCAAAAGUCUACUGCAAUACCUAAGAGCAUAAAGCUUGAUUCACAUUAUGCUAAAUCGUCUACGACUGCCCCGCAAGAAUUUCGCUUUGAUGAAAUUCUCACAGGCUCAGAUAACAAGCCAGUGUAUAAUGCCGUCGCCCGUAGCCAUGUUUGUGCUGCGAUGGACGGGUACAAUGCUGUCAUCUUCGCCUAUGGACAGACAGCUAGCGGCAAGACAUUUACUCUCAGCGGUGAUGAGGAUCAGCCUGGUAUAAUCCCCCGCGCCAUGAAAGACAUCUUUGCAUAUAUCCGACGAACGCCUACGCGGGAAUAUCUGCUACGAUGCUCGUACCUAGAAAUCUAUAACGAGACGAUACAUGAUCUUCUCGCCCCUCCAUCAUCAAGUGUCUCGCAGCCAGUGCAAAUCCAAGGCACGGGCGCGAAUAUAGUACUUACACCCCUCCGCGAGGAAGUUGUGACAAGCCUGAAGAGUGUGCGCGAGGUUCUCCAGCGUGGCGAGGGUAACCGGCGUACCGCAAGUACCGACUGGAACGAGCGGAGUAGCCGGAGUCACAGUGUAUUCAGAGUGGUCAUCGAAAGUCGGGAGCGGGGGGCUGGUGGCGAUGAAGCAGCAAUUCCCAGUGGACGAACGACCCCUGGUUUUAGGCCCCCGACACCUGGCGGAUCGCGGCUUCAAGCAAAGGGAGGAAGAAGUGUGCAAACGUCUGUCCUCAGUCUUAUUGAUCUUGCGGGCUCUGAAAAGGCUACGUCUGACAAGGAGCGAACUCGAGAAGGCAAGUACAUUAACACCAGUUUGCUAACUCUUGGCACCGUCAUUGCUACUCUCGCGGAAAAUUCUGCGAAGAACAAGAGUGACCAUGUUCCAUUCCGCAACUCCAAGCUAACACGAAUGCUGCAGCCGUCACUAUCAGGAAAUGCACGUAUAUCCGUAAUUGGUACCAUCAAUCCCGACAUGGGCGCGAUAGGGGAGACAACGAGCACUCUCCUCUUUGCUCAGAGAAUCAAGAAAGUCCAAUUGCACGCCCAGAAAAAGGAAAUCGUCGACACUGAAGCUCUCCUGGAACGAUACAGAAAGGAAAUCGAGGAAUUGAAGAAGCGACUCACAGAGAAGGAGGCUGAUGCUCCUGCGCGCAAUCGCAGGCUUUCCGCUCGCGAGGCAAGUUGGUGA